UGUGCGUUGCCGUAGGCUAUACCCGGACCCGGACCGGUGCCCCCACCCCCCAACUUCCCCACUGUCCCACACCGCGCGUCCUGCGCGUCGCGUCCCCGUCUUGCCUGAACAUCUGAGGAUGGAUGGAGGAAAAGUAGAAGUGGACCUGAGGAGUCGCAGUGACUUCAACCACGUCGCGCUGUACGGGGAGUUCGCAGCCUCGGGCAGCCGACAGGUACGGUACGCCGUGAGUCUGACCGAGCGGGACCUCACCGUCCGGAGGGUCUCGUCCUCUUCCGCACCUGUCGGCCGGAGCAAGCUGGUCCUUAGCCUGAAGGACUGCAUCGGUAGCCGGGCCGCCAGAGGAGAGGGCGGCGGAGACGCGGCAGCCCUCCUCUCUGCCUUCUUCUACCCGCUUAGGAAGCGGCGGAUGGGGUCCGGCGUCUCGCGCCACAGGGUAGAGCAGAGUUUCCGGGUCGCCCCGGGACAGGACCCGUGCGCCAACCUGGCGGAGGCGGAGAAAUGGGCUCGCGCCAUCCGAGAGCGCUCUGCUCGCCAACAGCACUGGAGAAAUGGAGGGUCGUUUAGCGAGGUGCAUCGGCCCUGCCGCAUGAUGCUGCUGGUCAACCCACAGAGUGGAAAAGGACAGGCCCUCUCUCUGUACAACAGCCACAUUCAACGCAUGCUCAACGAGGCCGGGGUCCCACACACACUGGUCAUCACUGAGCGACAGAACCACGCCAGAGAGCUGGUGAGGGAGGCUGACUUGUCGAAGUGGGACGCCCUGGUCAUCAUGUCGGGGGAUGGACUCCUGUUUGAGGUGAUAAAUGGUCUGCUGGAGAGGUCCGACUGGGAGGAGGCCAUCGAUACACCGCUGGGUAUCCUGCCUGGAGGAUCAGGCAACGCCCUUGCUGCUUCCAUACAUCACUAUUCUGGAGCCAUACCAGUGUCUAGCGAGGAGCUGCUGGUGAGCUGUGGUUUCCUGCUGUGUAAAGGCCUGGUGUCCCGCAUGUCUCUGGUCUCGGUCCACUUGCCCUCCAGCCCCCGUCUCUUCUCCUUCCUCUCGCUUGCCUGGGGCUUUGUGGCGGAUGUCGAUGUGGAGAGUGAGAAGUACCGGCACGUCGGAGCCGCCCGCUUCACCGUGGGUACCCUGGUGAGGCUGGCCUCACUUCGGGUCUACCGUGGUAAGCUGGCGUACCUCCCCGGGGGAAGGAGGGAGAGUGCAACAUCUCGAAACGUCACCAACACUCCCAUCGGCCCCGUGGACUCUCUGCUGCCACCACUGGGACAACCACUGCCCAGUGACUGGGUGGUGGUGCAGGAGGAAGACUUUGUCCUCAUGCUGGCCAUGUACCAGUCCCACCUGGCAGAGGACCUGUUUGCGGCCCCCAAUGCUGCCUUGGACGACGGCGUCAUCCAUCUCUUUUAUGUCAGAGCAGGAAUAUCACGCACUGCGCUGCUAAGGCUGUUCCUGGCUAUGGAGAAGGGCACACACCUGUUGACUGACUGCCAGCACCUGGUAUACAUAAAGGUGCGGGCGCUAAGGCUGGAGCCCUACUCCUCCAAAGGGGUCAUAAUGGUGGAUGGCGAGGCGGUGGAAUAUGGGCCUGUGCAAGCACAGGUACACAGAGGGCUGGCGAGGUUAAUCAGCGGAUGA